AAAAUUGAUAUUUCUUUGUGUUUUUUUUGGUGUGUGCUAAUUUCAACAGCAAUUGUGCGUGGAAAACAAUGACGGCAAUACUGAACGAACCACCCCAGGGCGGUGGCAAGCAGCAGCUGCACAACGCACGCUUCUACACGAUAAAACCGCGCGCCAUCGUGGGAAUGGCGUACAACAAGUUGUCCAAAUGCCUCGCUUUGAGUCGAGAGACGGACUGCAUUGAGCUGUGGAACAUGGAAUAUGCCCCAUAUCUGGACAGGGUGAUACAUUUGCUGCCCGGCUCUCCCGUGGAGGCCUUGGCCUGGGCUGGCACCAAACGCCUCUUCUCCGCGGAUCUCACGGGCAAACUGAUCGAGUGGGAUGUGCUGCGGCUCAGGCAGCGCUACGAGCAAUCACCCACGGGCAAUGCCCUCUGGAGCAUGGACAUCAAUGGGCAGGAGACGGAGCUGGCCGUCGGCUCCGAAGAGGGACACAUCAACAUCAUGAGCAUCGAGAACGACGAGAUCACCUACAAGAGCAUCUUCAACAAGCAGAAGGGCCGCGUGCUCUGCUGCAAGUUCGACAAAUCGGGAAAGCACCUGAUCACCGGCUCCGAGGGCUACGUCCGCAUCUGGAGCGUCCUCAAAGGCCACACGCUGCACACGAUGACGCUAUCCGCCAAGGACGUGAUCGUCUGGUGCCUCCGGGUGCUGGCCGACAACACCAUCGUGGCGGGCGACUCGGCGGGCUUUGUCACGGUGUGGAAUGCCGAGAAUGCCACGCAGAUCGACAGGCAACGCGUCCUCGACAAGAACGUCUUCGCGCUGGCCCUCAACGAGGAGGAGGACCGACUGGUGUGCAGCGGCAUGGAGCCGCCGCUGAUCCGGGUCUUCAGCAAGACGAAGAUCAGGCGCGAGGAGUCCGAGAGCGAGCGCUGGAUAAAGUUCGUGCAGCGAGACGCGCACAAGCACUACGUCAAGUCGCUGGCAAUGAUUGAUCCCCUGAUUGUGUCCGGCGGCCUGGAUGGCAUCCUCACCAUCACGUCCAGCGAGCGGAGCUCGUUGCCACAGCUGUCGCAGCACGCCCCCUUCCUGCAGGGCUCCGCGGCCUCGGUGGCCAUCGAUGCGAAGCUCCUGCUGCUCCGCUACCCCCACAGCCUGGACCUGUGGCGACUGGGCACCGUCGCGGCCCGCCAGGAGGAAGAGGACGAGGAUGAGGAGCGCUGGGACCUGCCUGUGGGCCACACGGAGGAUCUGGUGCUGGCGAAGCCGCCACAGAAGCUCCUGCAGCUGAAUGUCCGUGAGAAGAGCUUCAUCCAGGCCGCUGCACUGUCGCCAGACGCCGCCUGGAUCUGCUACUCCACUCUGACGGAUGUCCGGCUGAGCCGCUUGACGCAGGCUCCCCUGCAGGUGGAGCGACGCCCGGCAGAGGAUCUGCCCCAAGAGCUGACCCCCGCGAGCCACAUCCUCUUCACGAAGCAGCAACAACUCUUGCUCCUCGAUCCCAAGGCCAAUCGCGUCAACUUCUUCGACCUGGAGGAGGAUCGCGUCCUGUUCCGCUCCAGCCUAGACCUCGGCGCCCACUUGAAAAGGAGCGUCAGCCACCUGGUGGUCUCCCCGGACGGCGAGUACCUGGUGGCGGCCUCCACCGACCACCUGAUCGGCGUCUGGAGGCUGCAGCCCGCCGGCAAACACAAGCAUUUGGUGAACCUGCCCCGUCAUCGGGCCGGCACCACCGCCCUGGCCAUGCACGAGGGUCGGCCCCGCCUGGUGGUGGCCUACGCCGACGGGCGGCUGGUGGAGUACGAUCUGGUGAAGCGUGCCUUCACCUGCGAGACAGUGGAGUACCUGAUUCCAGGCACCAAGCACUUCUGCAUCCGCGGCAUCAUCCUGGAUCCGAAGAACCCCAACAUCUUCCUCGUCCACACGGAGGAGUAUCUGUACGUGCUGGAGCGGAACAAGCGCCUCGCCACCGAGGAUUAUGUCGUCAACACAAAGUCCAAGAAGUACAGCCAGGAGAGCCGCAGCCUCAUGGCAGCCAAUCCGAAUGGAAUGCGCCUCAAGACACAGCUGCCGCGACAGCACCUGGUGCAUGUCUUCCGUCUGAGUCCUAACGAACUCGUCAACGUCAGCAUUUCGACAAGCAAUCUGCUGGCAUCGCUCCCACCGCCGUUCCAGCGAAAGAGGUUUGGAGCCUCCUAGAGGAUGGACAGAGGGGCUCCGAGGAGGCCACUAGUUUCCACUUAGUUACCAAAUAAAAUCAAAAGAACACA